CAAUAAAAUGAGACAGGGGUUCACAUAUAUUUGACACUUCAAGCGAGUAUUUAAGACCGGAGCUUAGCCGAAGCAAGAAAAAACAAACAAGAAAGGGUGCAACUGUGGUGUGGGUUUUCCAAGUUUUGGGUUUAAGAGGUUUUCUUUUAUUAUUAUUGUUUUUCCUGUCAUAUCUUUUAGUCUUUUUAUGAUACCAUCCGUUGCGGUUCUCUACAACUCUGCUUGCCAAGAAAACGUUCUAAAAUUGGCCAAGAAAAAACUAACACUUCAAUCAGCCGUAGAAAGUCCUAUUCGUUUGCCAACUUUUAGUCCUCUUUUGUAUUCUAAGUUCUGUGUGUGAUUAAUUUGCUGAGUCUGCAAGUGUUAGGGCUCUCCCUCAUCAAAGAAGGUAGCGAUCGGUGAUUUCGAAGAGGAUCUCUAAAUGCAGAAACAAAGCUUGAACCAAUACUGCUAAUUUCAGAAGUAUGGAGAUCGCUUACCAGCCUUAUAUCGACCCAGAAUUCGAAUCUUUAAUCGAAAGAAUUUAUCCUCCUAGGGUUUGUAUUGAUAAUGAGGCAUGCCAAGACUGCACGGUUGUCAAGGUUGAUAGUGCAAACAAGCACGGCAUUCUAUUAGAGAUGGUCCAAGUCUUGACAGAUCUUGACCUUGUUAUAUCUAAAUCAUACAUUUGCUCUGAUGGGGGAUGGUUCAUGGACGUGUUCCACGUGACUGACCAGCUUGGGAACAAGCUUACUGACGAGAGUCUCAUACUUUAUAUUCAGCAGGCACUCUGUACAAAUAGAAGAGCGGGAGCAUCACAGGAGCUACAAAAUUGCCUUAAAAGAGAAGUUAGGCCAAGACAUGUGUCCACAGACCACACCGCAAUGGAGAUGACUGGAAUUGAUAGACCAGGAAUGCUAUCGGAGAUUUCGGCUGUGUUAGCUGAGCUGCAAUGCCACGUCACAGCGGCUGUGGCAUGGACACAUAACAGCCGAGCAGCAUGUAUAAUCUAUAUGGAAGACGGGCUGAGUGGCGGACCCAUAACUGACUCCAACAAACUUGCACAUGUAGAAGAGCAGCUUCAAAAUGUUGUGGAGGCCCAUCAUGGGAUUGGGGAGAUGAGGAGUGUGAGAUUGGCAUCACCAGUGACCGGACAGACUCACACUGAGAGGCGGCUCCACCAGUUGAUGUCUGCCACUUUGGAUUAUGAGCCGUGUUGUGGCUGCACAGAUGGCGAUGCUGCGCACCAGAGAAAUUGUACUAAGAUUCAUGUGUCAAUAGAAUCUUGCAAGGAGAAAGGAUACUCGGUGGUGAAUAUGAGGAGUAUGGACAGGCCGAAGCUCUUAUUUGACACGCUCUGCGCGCUAACUGAUAUGCAGUAUGUGGUGUUCCACGCUGCUGUUAGCUCCAAGGGCACAAUGGCUCGUCAGGAAUACUUUAUUCGGCAUAAAGAUGGCUGCACUUUGGAUACAGAAAGUGAAAGGCAUAAACUUACCAAAUGCUUGAUUGCUGCCACUGAGAGGAGGGCAUCUCAUGGCCUGAGGCUUGAUAUUAGCACUCACAAUCGAGUGGGGUUGCUCUCAGAUGUGACACGGGUCUUUCGGGAAAAUGGCCUAUCGAUAUCGAGAGCUGAGAUCGGUUUACAAGGGGACAGAGCAGUAGGGUCAUUCUAUAUCACUGAUGCUUCAGGAGACGAAGCUAAUACACACACUCUAGAAUUGGUGAGGAAAGAGAUAGGGGGAUCUGUCCUUGUAGUUAACAAAUCACCAGGAUGGACUCCCAGGACUCCCUCCACAGCUGGUAUUAGUAGAACUAGCAGUGGAAGUGUAGGUGAAGAGAAGCCAAAAUUCUCACUAGGAAGCCUCUUGUGGUCUCAGCUCGAGCGGCUUUCGGGUAAUUUUGGAUCUAUAAGAUCCUGAGUUUCCUAUCUAAGAAUAUUCCUACAGGAUGUAUAUAAGCUUGCUUGUAUGUUAGGAGAUGAAUAGUUUCUCUUCCUAGUUUCAUUGUAAUAAUCUACUUAGUAGUAUCUAGUUCUUACACGUAGUCACUGUAUUUCCCAAUUUUAACCUUCAAAAGAAUUUACUGUAUUUCCCAA